CGCUCCUCUCGCCGGGCUGCGCUCUGAUCAACCGAGCAUCCACCGCGCCUCCAAAUUGGUUUGUCAUUUCUGACCCCUCUCUCUCUGUGUUGACCACGGUCCUCUGCUCCGCUGCGCUCUGCGCCUGUGGACUUCAGCAGAAGUCAGUAAGAACAUAAAGGCACCCGGGAAAGAUAAAGAGAGAGAGAAAGGGAGGGAGGGGAGGAAGGAAGGGAUACAGACAGACGGAUAGGGACAGAGAUACGCCUCUAUCCUCCUCCAGCUCUCCACUGGACUUAGUGCAUUUGGAUGGACGAGAUACAUCCUCUUGUGUGAGCGCUGAUCAGGAUACUAAGCACGCAGCUAUUGGUUUAUUACAUCCUCAGCUUUAUUCUCAUCCGCUCUUUCGUUAACAUUUGUCCACGUCGUUUUUUUUUUGCUUUUUUUUUGCGUCGGGAAGAAUUAAGCACAGAACCGGAGUCGAGGCGCCAAGCAGUCAAAUUAUUUAUCGACUGGAAAGAUAUAUUUCUAUCCAAGAUCUGCGUUCUGGGGACUAUAUGAAAGAGCGCGGAAAAGGUUAUUCCUGACUCUCUGCGCUGGAUGUGGACAGCCUGUAUGCGCUGGUGAUACGGACUAGGACGUCCAGCUGCCAUUGAGAUGUGAUUCUCUGGGCUUUCAUUUCACUUUGACAGAGCAACGUACACUAUAACAGGCCUGUAUGGUGACAGGAACACUGAGCUGUGAGAGAAACAGUUUACCACAAGACCGUCGGGGCUCAGCAGGAAGUACCUCCCUAUCUACUUCCAGGUCAACCUCAGACGUCAUGUGGACCAGAUGCCUGCUCUUCGUCUCAAUCUUGUUUGCUCCCAUUGCCAUUGCCUCCAGCCGUGCCCCGAUCCCCAUGGCAGUGGUGCGCAGGGAGCUGUCCUGUGAAUCUUAUCCCAUCGAGCUCCGCUGCCCAGGCACAGACGUCAUCAUGAUCGAGAGCGCCAACUACGGCCGCACCGACGACAAGAUCUGCGAUUCGGACCCCGCUCAGAUGGAGAACACAAGAUGCUACUUGCCUGAUGCGUAUAAGAUCAUGUCACUCAGAUGCAACAACCGGACCCAGUGUGCUGUGGUGGCCGGCCCUGACGUCUUCCCUGAUCCUUGUCCUGGCACAUAUAAAUACCUGGAGGUCCAGUAUGAGUGUGUUCCUUACACAUAGUUUUCUCCAAAACCUGGUUUCCAGCUCACUGCACAAUAAAUGCAUAAAGGUUCAGAGUGGAGAUUAAAG